GGAGAGAGGGCAACUUAUCACAUCAGACUGGUCUCUUCAGGAGGUCAGAGUUUCCGAACUGGACAAUACACACCAGCUGCUUGUAGCAAUAUCCAUAUCAAGACAAAUCCAGCUACAUAUAGGGUUUUGAAGGAGCUUGAGACUUAAAUGACAUCUUUGUUGCUGGUUUCUUUAUAUUUUGGACUUUGAACAGAUUUGGCUCCCAGUGAGCCUCGCAAUAUCACCAUUACUGUCAUUGGACCUAAUACGGCUCAGGUCUCUUGGAUGGAGCCCAUCACCUUCUACAACUCUAUUGACAGUUAUACUGUCUCCUUCCGAGAGAUCAAUGACUCCACACCAAAAAUUGCUGCAGAGAUCACCAACACCUCGCGUGUUUUGUACAAGCUUCGUGAAGAUGCAACAUACGAGGUUAUCGUUAGAGCAUUCACUAUGAGCACGUUUCUUGGGAGAGGCCUCCUCCAGGGCGAGGCAUCCUUUCCUCAACAAUUUGUCAUGUCGUAUAUCCCUCCUACAUCUGGAUUGACUCCAGGAGGCACAGUCAAACCUAGAGAAGACGCUGGACGUGUUGUAGGUGUGGUCUUUGCACUUUUCGUGUUGCUUGGUCUAAUUUUGGGUGUACUGGGUUUUGUGGUUCUUAGGUAAGUUGCAUGUGAACAUAGCUUUUAUGAAUGAUUUUGUACUGACUUGUUUCUGAAAGCUACUAGAUUAACACAUAGAGUCGGUCAAUAACGAUUUGAUUACUGUCUUGACCAUUAUGAACUUUGAUAGUUUUAUUAUUUGGUCUACUUUUGUUUACUUUUAUUAUUUGGUCUACUUUUGUGUUAGGUGGUAUUUUGUCCAUAAAGGUCAAGAUGCUAAAAAAGAGAGGAAAUUAUGCCAAAAUGAUCAUGGGGAAAAAACACCUAAGGUUAGGUAUGGUGCUAGAUGCUUAACAGAAGAUCAAAUUCAGUGUAGUUGAUCAUCAUGUUUAUGAAGAUUGAUUGGAAAUUUAAAGUAGGCAAGUUCGUUAGAAUAUUAGAUUUAUUUUGUUUUGAUGAGCUAUUUUUUUCAUUAAAAAAAUCAAUUUAUUUUGCUUAUAAACAUGUGUGUUGAUUCUUUCCUUGUUCUUCCGGCAGGAAGUAAUUCCUCAAAAAGCUGUGCACAUCAGAAUCGGUAGACUAGCUUAGCUGGGGUAAUAUAGGAGCGCCUUGAGCACCUAGCAAGGUGGAUACGUGCGCUAUACAAAUCCUAUAUUAUUAUUUAUUUUCUCCAAGGAAAUAAACAAAUGUAUGACUUACUGAUUUAUCGAGAAUCUUGGGCAAGUGUCUUGAUUCACUAAUAAUGAUAACUGUUUGUCUCCCUCUUUUGGUAUGUGAGAGGAGACUGAGUCUGUUUACAUACAUUUACUGUACAUGUGGAUAAAUUAUAUAGAGUGAAGGGAAGGUUUACAUUGUUUGUGUUGGCAAACUGAUUCUAAAAAGAAAAUCCAAAAUCACAUGCCCACUUCAAGAUAAAAAUAAAGGCUAUCCAUUGUUUGAGGUUUGUAUUUUUGAAUGAAUAGUUUAUUAGGUAUCUUCUGGAUUUAUUUAUGCUAUAUCUCUCUGGUGUAUUAAUUUGAGGUCAAGAUUUAGUUUCAAUUUUAGACUAUUAACAACUUUCACUUCCUGAUUACAGAGAUAGAAAGAGGAGAGACAGAUAGAGAUUGAGAGAGAGAGAGUUAGAGUAGAAGGGGUAAACAAUAAGAGAAGGAGUGAGAGAAUAGGGGGAACAGAAUGAGAGUCAGAGAAACUAAAUGAGAGGCAGAGAGAGAGAGAGUGAGAGAGAGAUGCAUGCAUUACAGAUUAGAUAUAGAGAAUAAGUUGGUUUACAUCCAAUAUUGCAUGCCUGUUCAUAUGAAAAAGUGUACGCUCUUAUUAAAACAUUUGUACUGGAAUAUCGAAAGUGGACAAUGCAAGUUAUACUGUACGCUCUUACUUCAGGAAUUCGAAAAUGAAGGAAUGCCAUGUCCAUUUUGCAUAAUUUCAUAUUUUUUGUAACUGCUGUGAAAUUGUAUUUAAUAAAUCUUUCACCAAAGCUUUAUAUGCUUGGUGUGUCAGGAUGUAAUCCGGUUGGUCAGGAUAUAUGGUUUUCUUGUAUGGUCUCUCCUUUGAAGUGCUGGUAUAUGAUAUAAGAUAUCACUGUAAGUGCUAUGGAGAGGCAUUUUUGCCAACCAAUGUACAUUAUCUAGAGUGGAGUGAAAGAUUGGACAUAACUUACUCUCAGGUUUGGAUUGAAUACUAGGAUAAUAUAGGAGGAGGAAUUGCAUGAAAAGCUUUCCAGAUCUAGCAUUAUGUUCUCCAAACUCGAGAAUGUUGUCCGUCGAGGCACAGAAUUGUUGCGUGAACUUCCUACCAGGUAAAUAAUCCAUUAUUACAAGUCUAUACUUUUGUAAAUUAUGCAUUUUCUCCCAUUAAUUGAUAUAUUUUUUUGUAGGACUAUUCAAGAUUGUAUGACCAAUGCCUUUGAAAAUGUUGACUAUAGGAUGUAGAGAUUGUAUGAUAUGGAAUUUUAAUUUUGCAAGGGCUUAACUAGAUUAGUUUUUUUUUUUUUUAUACAUGGAAAAAUGUACACACCGCCCCUCCAAGUUUCAUAUCCUUUGAAGUAAAAAAAGAUUAAAAUGAAAGAAGAUUGCAAGAAAAUUCAAUUGGGAAUUGUAGAAAGUUAUGUGAAUAAACCAUAGAUCUUUCAGAAAUGUUGUAAUACUCCAUCUGAAAAGGAGAUGUAAAUUGUUCCUUUGAUCUGAAACUAGAAAUUAAUUUUCACUU